AUGUCCAUCAUAAGCAAGCAGGCAGACCAAGAAAAAAAGAGAAAGAGGGGUGUAUAUGAGAUGGAAGAUUUGGUUAAAGAUGGGAAGAUGACAAAGAAAAUGCAGCUUGGUAAGUGCAGGAUUUGUGGUAACAAGGGCCACAAUUCAAGAACAUGUGUUGGUCAAGGUAGCAACAGUCAACCACAAGUUCAAGGAAGCAGCAGUCAACCUAAAAGAAAACCUAUGAGACAAUCUAAACCAACUAGCAGCAGUCAACCUCAAACUCAAGCUAAAAGACAACCUAAACCUAAAAGCAGCAGUCAACCUCAACCUAAACCUAAAAGCAACAGUCAACCUCAAGCUCAACCUAGCAGUCAACCUCAAAGUCAAAUGUGUAAACAAACUCAAAGUCAAAAUCAAGUGGGUGGUAGCAGUCAAGGGAAAGUUUACAGAUAUGGUGUAAAUGGUGGCAAGAAGGUUAGAGGCAAAAGUGAAAGAAUUUUGAAGAAUAUGCUUGCCAAAAAAAUCCCAGGUCCUGGAUGA